GUAAAAACUAAAAAGUAAAACAAAAGAAAAAAAGAUAUACUAAUUUGUUUUUUUAAUAAAAUAAUGUUGGGUUUAUGGGCUUGGACCAAAAGAAGAUACAAUUUAAUUUCUCGAAAUAUUCAUUUACUUUGUGCUAACAUAUUGGGCUAGGCCUUAUCUCUAUUCGGCCCAUCAUCUAGAAACGUCUAAGAUACUGACGCGUGUUUUAUGGCUCCGGUAGAAUUGAAGAAAUCACCAGAGACUACAAUGGCUGCCUCCACCGUCGUAACCACCGUGACACACGGAGCUUCAUCUAUACUUCCUUCACGAACUGCAUUAGCAGUCUCUUCCCGGAGGUUUUCUUCAUUCUCGCCGUCGAGGUUGGACUUCAGUAAUCUGCGGCGGAGAGUCAAUGCACCAUCGCCGAGGCGCCUCGUGGUUCGCGCCGCUAGAACUGAGUCAGCCGGAGUAAAACUGGGAGCUAGAGCUCCCAAUUUUGAGCUUCCGGAGCCGCUCACUGGAAACUUAUGGAAAUUAGAAGAUUUUGAACUGUAUCCGUCUCUACUGGUAAUGUUCAUCUGCAAUCAUUGCCCGUUUGUGAUUCAUUUAAAAAAAGACAUUGUAAAGCUAUGCAAUUUCUAUAUGAAGAAAGGUCUUGCUGUUGUUGCAAUAUCUUCAAAUUCUGUGGUAACUCAUCCUCAGGAUGGGCCUGAGUUCAUGGCAGAGGAUGCAAAAGUUUUCAAAUACCCAUUUCCUUACUUAUAUGAUGAGUCACAAGAGGUUGCAAGAGAAUUUGGAGCUGUUUGUACACCUGAGUUUUUCUUGUAUAAGAAGGAUGGUCGUAGACCAUUUGAGCUGGUCUAUCAUGGUCAAUUUGAUGAUUCCCGGCCUAGCAGUAACUCACCAGUAACCGGGAGGGAUCUAAGCCUGGCGAUUGAUCUUUCCCUUAGCUGUCAACCAAUACCAUCAAAUCAAAAGCCAAGUGUUGGUUGCAGCAUAAAGUGGCACCCAGAAACAAAGUCAUGAGCUAAGACAUGAUUGUACUUACAAAUAGCAUUAUUUUCAGGUAUGUUCCAAAAUUCGAAACUGAAAGGAUAGAAGAAUGCAAAGCAGAAGAACAUAGAAAGUGUAAGUUGUAUCCAUUAUUCGAGACUAAUAUACAGUAAAAUCUACUCCACGGAUCCUAUAUUGUGGGAUUGUUCAUGUAUGAUAUAACUUUAUGAACAAUAUAAGAAUCAGUUUUAGUGUAAA